AUGUUCGGCCUCAGGUCUAGACUUGAGCUCUCACGGCGCGGGCCGACAAUGGGAGUACUCCACUUGGCACUCGAGGCAGACUCUGAUACCUGGUUCUCGGGAGCUGUCACUGUUACAAUGAGCAUCAGCAUCACCACGAAGCUUAAAGUCGUGAUACAGCACCCUGUGCGCAAGAUGCUCCAGAGAACAAUGGACCGCACAACCUGCGUCGUGGAAGCUACAGAGCCUUCGCACUCAUGCUAUCUCAACUACAGAACCCAUUCCGCGUCUAUCCUAAGGAUCUACUAA